CGAGAUGGCGGAACCACAUCCACAGAAAGUGAAACCAGAUAGUCUUGUGGCUGCGAUGUUAGUUCCCCAGAUGAAACAACUGUCACUUGUAUCAUCCUGCGAUAAAGAGGUACAAGCUUCUCCAGAACUUUCGGAGAAAAAGCCUUCAUUGCCUUCUCGUUCACGAAAGAGAAGGUACGCUGUCUCUACCACUGAAGCGGCUCCGAUAACCUGGGGGGCAAUUAAAAGGCUUUGCCUGAAUGCUGAAAAUGCUGUGAAUGCUCAAGGAUUGCCUUUGACAACUGCUAAUUUUUUUGUGGCUAUGCUUAGCUUGCUUUCAGUUCAGGUAAGUGCCAACGAUUGGAGUAUUAAUUUUCCUGAGGGAGAUUAUAGAACAUAUUUAGAUAAAGGCUUGAUAUACCCAUGGAAUGAUUCCUAUAUUCCCCGUCCAUUGAAGGUAAACAGAUGGAAUAGUCAUGGAUGGGUGGCUCCUAUUUAUACCUUUGUUCAUGAAAAUAAAACUUAUUAUCAAUCUCAGUUAUGGAGGUUGCCCUUAACCACUCAUAAAAUAAUGUUAGUUAGAGCUACUACCCAUGUGGAACAGUACUAUGUUCAAACCUGUGUGUCUUCUCCGUAUUCCUUAUUGCUUUCUAAUGAUAGUGAAAAAUUGCAAAUUGUACAAAAUAAUAUGAGGUUUUAUAUUACCUGCCAGCAAUGUAUACUGACCACUUGCAUUGUUCCUGAAAUGAAUGUGUCAACCAUAAUAGUGUUAAAAAGACCAGCUUAUAUUAUGCUGCCAGUAGCGCUUAAUGAAUCUUGGUAUACAGAUAUAGGGGCAGAAAUUGUAAGACAGGUUGGAGAGCUCAUGCGACCAAAAAGAUUUGUGGCUACUUUGAUUUUGGGAAUUUCUGCCUUGAUAGGAAUACUGAGUUCUUUUUCUGUUGCAACAUAUGCUUUAGUAAAAGAAGUACAAACAGCACAAUAUGCUAAUGAUUUAUCAAAAAAUAUAUCCUUGGCUUUAGCAACUCAGGAAGCAAUAGAUAGAAAGUUAGAAGCUAAAGUUGAUGCCCUUGAAGAAGCAGUUUUACAUAUUGGACAAGAACUUACUGCUUUAAAAAUUCGCCUAUCUUUACAUGCCAUAAAAAAUAUUCUUGGAUAUGUGUUACUCCCUUAA